GAAAGACAAAAGAAACAGGGCAAAGGAGCAGAAAAGACUGCACUAAAAACCGCAAAGAAAGCUGCAAAGCGAGAGGCAAAAGAGCGAUCAAAAAGUGGGCUCCCGGAGGAAGAAGACAUCGAGUUGAUUCUAAAUCAGCUGGCAGCCAAAGACCGAGACAGGAAAGUUGUAACAGAAGAAAUAUGUGAACAACCAACUCCACGGGUUCAUGCAAGCUUUACCUGCAAUCCACUAAAAGAAAAUGAAUUCUUUCUGUUUGGAGGCGAAUAUUACAACGGAGAACGUGUUUUUGUAUACAACCAUCUUUUCCGGCUUAAAGAGAACAAAGGGGUUCUCACGUGGUCACAAGUUACAAGUCCCAACACUCCAAAGCCGCGCUCAUCGCACCAGGCCGUGGCCUCUCGCACUCACUUGUAUAUCUUCGGAGGGGAGUUCACGUCUCCGAGUCAGAUGCAGUUCUACCAUCACAAGGACAUGUGGCGGCUGGAUGCGGCGAACUGUCAAUGGGAAGAGAUCACUAGCAAGAAUGGCCCAUCACCGAGGAGUGGGCAUCGUGCGAUCCUAUGGAAGAAUAGCAUGUUUGUAUUCGGAGGUUUCUAUGACACAGGGCAUGACGUCCGCUACUUCAACGAUGCUUACCUGUUUGAGUUUGGGGAGAUGAAGUGGAAGAAGCUUGGGGAAGAUAAGAAGGGAGACAACGUAAGCUGGCCUUCUCCUCGCUCAGCCUGUGGCAUAGGGGAGUUUGAGGACAUGAUCUUUGUGUAUGGUGGAUACACCAAGCAUGGUAGAAGUUUCUCUUCAUCCGACGACUCCCACGGCAUAGUGCAUACUGACAUGUGGAGUCUUGACCCUCGGGCAGUCGUUUGGACCAAAGUGAGGAGAGGAGGGAUUCCUCCCAGUCCUCGCUGUGGCUUUUCAACGUGUGUGCAUAAGAAACGAAACUUGGUUGUCUUUGGAGGAGUGCACGACGAGUACAGCAAGCACGACCUCACCUCAACCUUCUUCAACGACAUCUUCGUCUUCCGUAUGGACCAGCGCCGUUGGUUUCCUGAUGAGAAGGUGGAGGUCGUACAGGAAGUCACGGAAGAGGACACAAACAGCUCAAGACCAAUGAAGCGAAUCAACUCGCAUCUUUCGGUCCGAGGAAACGAACUUAUCAUUUUUGGUGGAAAAGUCGAUGCCGACAAGAGAGAGGUCACUCUGGAUGACAUCUGGACGCUUGAUAUGAGCAAGUUGACGGAGUUCAAAAUGAUACAACAACUUUCUGCCGCUGCAAGCUUUUGGGUUGAAGAUGAGGACGAGGAGGACGAGGAGGACGACGGGGCCUGGGACUCAGAAGACAUGGAGGGGAGUGACAGUGAAGAUGGGACUGAAGAGGAGAGCGAAGACGACGAAGAGGUAGAGAUGGAGACUGACGCAGAUGAGAAGCUGGGGGAAGGCCAUGAGGCGGCGGCGGCUGCGAUUGCGUCUAUGUCUCGUGAGGCAAGAAGAAAGAGAGGUAUGGAGCUGCGAGCGGAGCUAAGCAAGUUUGAGGAGGAAGAGAUCCCCAAGGUCGGGGAAGGCCUCAAGGAGUUUUUCGACAGAACGAGGGACCGCUGGGGGAUGCAAGCAUGGGAGAGCAGAAAGAGCUCGGGGAAGCAGAUGAGACGUGACGGAUUCAUGCUUGCCGUCGCGAGGUUCGAGGUGCUGGAGCCGCUAGUUACAGAGUUUGCUCGUCUUGUCAAGCUUGAGGAAGAAGAAUCUAUAGACGCAGCUGAGGGUUCCGUUUCCCAUGGCUCUGGCAAGACUGUAUCUUCCACUCGUCCUCGAGAGCACAAGUAA